AUGAGUAUUCUCCUAGAAACCACCGAGGGCAACAUUGUCAUUGACCUCGACUACAAGAACCACCCGACCCUCAGCUGGAACUUUCUUCGUCUCUGCCAGUUGAAUCACUAUUUUUUCAGUCCCUUCUAUGGCUUGCACAAAGACCACUUAGUUUCUUGUGGACUUCCUAAUUAUCCACUGGAAACAGAAAACUAUGCUGCAUGCCACUAUGUGUGUCCCGAACCUGGUAUCUCCAAGGAGGACAACAUCGAGGUGAUAGUGCCUGUGGUCGAAGACGACCACCUGACCCAUGAUAUGGGAAAAGUCUCAUUUGUGGCGUCGAAGCACCUGGACAAAACUGUGGUUGGCUCGGAAUUUACCAUUUCCUUGACCUCCAAAAUCUUGGAUAUCGAUACUAGUCACCACAUCCCGUUUGCAGUAGUGGUUGAGGGCUUCGACACCUUGCAAACCAUCAACAUUGCUGCUGUGGACACAUCCGGACGAUUUGUCAACGAUAUCCGGAUCACCCACGUCCACACCAUCCAUGAUCCGUUCCGCAAGACUAUAGGACUUGACCAAGCCAUAAGAGUGGCGGUCCCAACAGCACUCCAGAUCGAAAACUCAAGAUUUUCUCGCAGUGAAACUGCUGGAGAGGAUUCAUCCACAGUCCAGGCACUUUCACUAGAACUCAUUGGUGACCUACACCACUACAAGGCCAAGCCAUCGCCCACGACGUUGUUCGUGGCCAGGUUGAACCCAAUAACUACUGAGGACUCGUUAUCGGUUAUAUUCGGAAGAUUUGGGCAGGUAGUGAGAAGUACCAUCAUCAAGAACUUUGCGUUCGUGGAGUUAGAAAGCGAGAAGCAGGUCGAAGAAGCAUACAAUGCUCUACAUGGAGGCUGUGUGAUUGAUGGAUACGAGGUGGUUGUGGACUUUUCGCAAUCAGUCCGUGGAAGAAGGUAG